GAUGGAGUCUGCGCAGUGACCUUCUAUUUUCCGCUGCCUGACAACAAACAUACCUGCUGCCUGCACGCAUCACCGCUGAGCUCAGCGCGGAUCCAAAAGCUCACACGGUCCCGGUAAUCUAAAGUUUGGGUCCAGUUUGUUGGUAAAUCGCAGUCGAAGCGCCUUUCUGACCGGUUGUUAGCUCAAAGUUAAUCGAGCUAAUGAGUGUUUCAGCAGCUAGCAGCGUCGGUCAGUGACAGUCCAGAAGAUGUUCUUAUUGUUUCCAGGAGGUUCCGCUUUGUUUCUCCUGCAGAUGUUCUGAGGUUCUGUCCGGUGUCGGUUCAGACAGAACGUCGGUGAAACUACUUGACGAUGAGGAAGACGAACAGAGCAUCACUUGGGUUUUAUUCUUUGUCAUCGGUCCAGUUCAGCUAGCGAUGCGGACGCUCCUGGUUCUGAUUAGCUGCUGUGGUCCCACUGGGCCCUGCUCCAUGUGAAUGAUGACUGACCACCACCAUGGAAAGGUCAACGAUCAUCUGAUGAAGCCAUGUGGGGAGGAGGAGGAGGAGGAGGAGAACGAGGAGCCCGGGUCUUCUCCCUCUGACCCCCCCUGCAGCAUCACCACACCUGGACCAGGCGGCUCCUCUGGUUUCUCCAAACCACAGAGGAGAAGCAGAACCAAGCUGGACUCUGAUGCUGGCUUGAGUCCUGCUGGGAAGAACCUGAACAGUCCAGACUGUGUGCAAAAUCUCAAAGGAACCGGGAAGAUCCUGCAGGGCAAGUCCGAGACUAAUGGCAACUACCUUCAAGGAACCAGAAGCAUCCAGGACCAGCAGGGCCAGGAUGGACCGAGGAAGAGAAGACCUGUGACAGUGGACACGUCUAAAGCCAAGACCUCCCUGGAGGCCCUGAAGCUGAGCAUCAAGCAGCUGAAGUGGAAAGAG